AAUGAAUUAUUUUUUUUAUUUUUAGGACAUAGUAAAUUAUAUUUCAAUUAUGGACAAUAUUUGUAAAAUAACUGGGAUUUUAUAUUAAAACAACAGUCAUUUGAAUAUAAUUUGUGUACACAUAAUUGAUAACAUGCUAUUGCUUUGUUUCAAGAGCAAGAAGUUUACGCCAAAAAGUGCGACUGCGCACUGGCCAAAUUAGUAGUGUGAAAGAAAAUGGCGAUCAGCGAAAGGCGUCCGGAGUUAACGUGAUGAAAAACAUUGUUAAAAGCUCAAUUACAUAGUGUUAUAGUUAUUAAUUGUGUCAGAUGUAGAUUAAUUAAGUGUUAAUGAAUAGUGAUUGUGUAUAAAAAUGGCUGCGAAUAUGUACAGAGUCGGCGACUGCGUCUAUUUCGAGACGUCGUCGACGUCUCCGUACCAGAUCCGGCGGAUAGAGGAACUGAACAAGACGCCUUCGGGCAACGUGGAGGCAAAAGUCAUGUGUUUCUACAGACGACGGGACCUUCCCAAUCC